UCCACGGCAGAGCCAGACGGCUGGCUUCAGGGCGAAAGCUGUGGGUAAAGACAGUGGAAACCCGGCCUGUGUUAUCAGCUGAGUUAGCACAGAACAACACGGAGCUCAAAAGAAACAAACAGUUUUUGUGAUGCGUUGUUGUUUCCACAUACAGUAAAACAGGAAGUGAGCAGGAAGAGAGAGCUGGUUGUUGUGCAGCUGAAACCCAAGGGCUCCGACGCCCUCGGCUGCGUCUGGCCUCUGUUGCCAUGACGACGGGGGGGUGCUGCCACCCGCCCGGUUCUCUCUGCGACUGUGCCGGCGGUGCUGGUCUGUGGAAAGUUGUGGAGGAAGCGGGUGGCGAUGGGUGCCAGGCGCUCUACUUCACGCAGGUGACGGCGAUCGACGGACGGCUGCUGUCCUCCGUCCUGAGACCCACGAGCGUCCAGAGUGAUGGCCCCAUCUGUCGUAUCUGCCACGAGGGAGGCAGCAGUGAGGGUCUCUUGUCCCCGUGCGACUGCACAGGCACACUGGGCACGGUGCACAGGAGCUGUCUGGAGAAGUGGCUGUCGUCUUCCAACACCAGCUACUGUGAGCUGUGUCACACAGAGUUCAGCAUCGAGCGGCGGCCCCGGCCUCUCACUGAA